UCAAACUGCCAUACGUUGUUAUGCAUCUGGCUGGGGAUGCUCCGAUUAUGGAGAAGACAGUUCGUGAUGCUGCUCUGAUGUUGCUGCUGAGGAUUAAUCGAUGGAAGAAUCGUUCGAGACCCCAUCCCACCAUUCAAUAUGAACAACGAUUGAUUCAACAGGGGUGUCAACUUGGCUGCACUGACCCUGGCUCCUUUCGUGGUUGGCUAAAGUUUAUUGAUUAUCGUGAUUCCGAAUUUCCUUCUUGA